UCACAUUAAAAUGUUUAGGCUACAAUGAAAUACCGUACCGCUUCAUUAUCAAUAAUAUUAUUUCCCUUCAGUAUACCAAAGCUUCGAAACGCGCGCCCCCUCGUGGAAGGAAUGACACCCGACCGUGCGGGUGUACCGGAUCAAAACGCUCGUGCCAGUAGCAGCAGGACAUUUGUCCCUAUUAAAAAGCUCCUUAGUUGGAGAAUUCUGAAGAUUCGUGUUCCCCACAUCACGUCUGCGUUGGGCCUCACGUUUAUAUUGACGCUGGCCUCUGAUUCAUCCUCCGGGGUUAGGACCUACAACUUCUGCAGCAGUUCUUUCUCAUCGUUGCAGUUCGGUCAGCGCACUUGCAGGCUCGUUAACGGGUCGGUUUAACGUUCACGUUGAGCGACUAGGGGCAUUUUCAUGUGUUAGGAAGACUCGCGGCACCGCCCCCAUGGUAGCUUAAACAAAUAUUUGUGCACAGGAAAAAAUUCGAUGUUUUCUUGGAUUUCAUGUUUGACAUAACCUCCAUUCCCGGCCUUUGUGCUGGCAGACAGAUGAGCAAUCCUACUCUGGUGAUGUUCCUCUGGGAGUGAAGAUACAGCCGCUGACGAGGACAGAGGAGAGACAGUCCGGAUGCCCUCGACCUAAACGGUGCCAUGUCUGCUCUGGACCCUUAUCAGUACAUAAUUGUAGAACAGCAGUACUCCCACAAACUCCGAGUGAAGGUGCAGCGGGCUGAGAACGUCACCAAGGGAGCGCUGGGGGACUUGUUGGACACACCUGACCCCUACGUGGAGCUUUACAUUCCAACAGCCCCAGAGAGCAGGAGGAAAACCCGCCACAUCGAUAAUGACAUCAACCCAGAGUGGAACGAGAGCUUCGAGUUCAUACUGGACCCCAACCAGGACAAUGUCCUGGAGUUGACGUUAAUGGACGCUAAUUAUGUGAUGGAUGAAACACUGGGAUCUGCAUCAUAUGACAUUUUCAAACUCAACGUGGGACAAACAGAAGUGGUUCCUUUUCUCAUAGGAAAAGCAACCAUUGUGUACUUGGAACUGAGUCUGGAAGUGUGUUCUGGCAUGGAUCUGCGGUUUAGCUUGGCUCUCUGUGACAAGGAGAAACUGUACAGGCAGCGACGGAGAGACCGAGUCAUGCUGGGCAUUAAGAAACUUCUGCACAUGGAGAAACCUCAUCUCCUGCCAUCCUCCCCUGAAGAGGUUCCCGUCAUAGCCAUGCUGGGGUCAGGAGGAGGAUUCCGAGCCAUGGUCGGGUUCUCGGGAGUCAUGAAGGCGCUCUUUGAGUCAGGGGUUCUGGACUGUGUCACAUACAUCGCUGGUCUGUCCGGAUCCACCUGGUACAUGUCCACAUUGUACUCUCACCCGGAGUUCCCUGAGAAGGGUCCGGAGCAGAUCAACCAGGAGCUGAUGAAAAGUGUGAGCAGUAACCCGCUGCGCCUGCUCCUGCCACAGCACGUCACCAACUACGUCCAGGCUCUGUGGAGCAAGAAAGCCAGCGGCCAACCCGUCACCUUCACCGACAUAUUCGGCAUGCUGAUCGGAGAGACGCUCAUUCCUGCCAGGAUGGACACUAAGCUGAGUGAGAUCCAGGAGAAGAUUAAUGAGGCCCAGUCUCCACUGCCCCUGUUUACCUGCCUGCAUGUCAAACCGGACGUGUCCGAGCUCAUGUUCGCCGAUUGGGUGGAGUUCAGCCCGUACGAGAUUGGCAUGGCUAAAUAUGGCACAUUCAUGACCCCUGACCUUUUUGGCAGCAAGUUCUUCAUGGGUACUGUAGUCAAGAAAUAUGAGGAGAAUCCUUUGCAUUUCCUAAUGGGGGUGUGGGGCAGUGCCUUCUCCAUUCUUUUCAACAGAGUGCUGGGAGUGAAGGACCUAUCUGGAGGAAGCACUAUGGAGGAAGAGCUGGAGCAAAUCAAGCCAGAGCAUAUCGUAGGAGAGGACAGCCUCGACAAUGAUGAAGACAUACACAAAGCCAGCGUGGGUGAAGAGCAUCAACAGGCCAGCUGGAUUCAGAGAAUGGUCACGUCUCUGUUCAGCGAUUCGGCGCUCUUCAACACACGCGAGGGCAGAGCCGGAAAGGUGCACAACUUCAUGCUGGGCCUCAACUUGAACACCAACAUCCCCUUCUCGCCCUUCAGUGACGCUCCGGCCCCCUGCAGCCCUGAGGAGGAGGUGGAUGCGGUCACAGACCCAGACGAGUUUGACCGCAUCUAUGAGCCACUGGAUGUGAAGAGCAAGAAAAUCCAUGUUGUGGACAGUGGCUUGACCUUUAACCUCCCCUAUCCUCUAAUCCUGAGACCCCAGAGGGGCACUGACCUUAUUAUCUCCUUUGACUUCUCAGCAAGGCCUAGUGACUCCAGUCCUCCCUUUAAGGACCUUUUGUUAGCUGAGAAAUGGGCACGCAUGAACAAGCUUCCCUUUCCAAAAAUAGACCCGAAAGUGUUUGACCGGGAGGGGAUGAAGGAGUGCUACAUCUUUAAACCCAGAAAAGGCGACAAGAAUUGUCCAACCAUCAUCCAUUUUGUCUUGGUUAACAUAGACUUCAGGAAGUUCAAAGCUCCGGGAGUUCCUCGCCAGACGGAGAAGGAGAAGGAGUUUGCAGACUUUGACAUCUUCGAUGACCCGGAGACGCCGUACUCUACGUUUAACUUCCAGUAUUCCAACCAGGCCUUCACUCGGCUACAUGACCUCAUGGAGUUCAACACGCUGAACAACAUAAAAGUGAUCAAAGAAGCCAUCAUGGAAAGCAUUGCGUACAGGAAGGAACAUCCAUCCCGCUGUUCGGUGUCUCUCUCUCUCAACGAGAUCCGCAGCAAGACGUUUCUGAAGAGGGCCCACAAAUGAAGGGGAUGAAGUAAUAUCGCGGGAAGCGCAGGAAUACUGUUGGAAUUGCUGCCUGAUUGUUCACAUGCCCAGCUUGUAUUCUGACUGAAAAUGAAGUGAUUUGAAGGAAGCCAUGUAAUCGUCAUGCCGCGCAAACCAAAAUGCCAUCCUGGAAACACUUGGUUACGGUCUGCAGCAUGCUGGUGUUUACAGAUGCCACACUUAUUAUUCUUGCUUGUUUCACUCAAAUCUACAUAAAAUGUGAAGUUAAACUGGUUCAGUCCAGUAGCUUAUGAUUUCAGUGCUCAGAAAUAAUUUAUUAAAUCUUUAAGUGCCUUUUGAAGAACAGCAAAACUAUUACACUCAAACUGUAAAUGAAUAAACCACACUAAGCAUCGUUUAGGUAUUUUCAGGGACAUACUGCUACAAAAGACCUUAAGGUUCACUUAAUGACUUUUUAAGUGCAGGACAGACGUUUUAUCAGAUCAGGAUGUCAAAGUAAAAGUCCUCUGUGCUGUCAUUCCUUCUCACCACAGCCAUGCUGAGGGAGAAAUUAUAUAUAUAUAUAGAACCUCCAGUUCACAAUACUACAAUUAAACAGCAAAUUAAAUUGGAGAAAAUACAAAUGACAAUUUGUGAAACUACAAGUUUCCCUGCUUGUCAGCUGUGAAGGAUGCUGAGUUAGGCUUGUGUGGGUUAGAUGUUCAAGCCAUUGCUGGGUAUACCUGCCUGGUGCAUAACUAUCCUACACCCCACAGUGUUUCUCACUGAUGGGGUCCAGAGUGACUACAUUUUAGAAUGACUUUACACAGUGGAUCCAUCACAUCAUAGAGGGAUACACAGAAACAACAGGAAGUUUCCUCUUAGGUUUAUGACUCUAAACAGUAUGUGUGUGAUUUAUGUGUGCAUAAUGCCAGGAACUGUGCCAUUAUCCGGUUUAUGUGGUUGAUGUUGAGAUCACAUUGAGGACCAAAACAAAGCUGUGUGUGUGUGGAGAAGUUCAUGCAUGUUUUGUGAGCUUCAGUCAAGAUUUACAGACACCCCAACCUCACUGCUUCUGAGAAAGACGUGAAAUACACGCUUGCCUGUGUUGUGCAGUGUGUGUGGAUGCUGGUGACACACACCCGUGCAGAAUUGUACACACUAAAGUGUGAAUGGAGCAGUAUGAGGGUCGGGUCUGUGCGCACCUGGCCCCUAUGGCUUGCACGACUCCUGACUCCUCCUGCACUGAAGCGGGACUGCUGCCUUUGCGUUAUUUUAUACACAGUCCUGGAAUUACAUUUAAUAUCACAAUUCUAUUAUUCUAAUAUUUGUAGAAAGUAAAAUCUGUUUUUGGAUUCAUAAAAUGGAUUACUCUUCUUAAACAAAUCCCAUUUAAUUAACAUCCCAUUUCUUUUGAAGGGGGUUUGGAGGAGCGAACUGUGAAGUUGUACUGAAACAGUAGAUCUUAAACACAUUCUUUAAAACGUAUGAAGGAACAGGCUUUAUAUAAGGUACUGCCCACUCACACAGUUACUGUGAACCUAGAGAAGAAUGUCCAGCCAAUGCAACGUGUACGAAGUGCAAGUUUGAUAUCAUAAAUGUCAGGAAACCUUAACAUGUUUAUAUGGCUUAUACACAGAACAUGAGUGGGAUGUGCUAAACUCCAGUUACAGAACGUUUUCUCUAUAUGUUGUUUCACAAUGAUUUCCUGCCUAACAUCUGGGGCUUGUCACCUAGACGAGCACAGGAGACAGUUAAACCAGUUCUUUGGGUUUCUACUUGUUCUGGGUCCCCUGUAGCUUUGGGGUCAUUCGUUCUUACCUCAACAAAACAGGGGCCUGUUAAUUGAUGUUUUUCCCCCAAUGCAUAAAGCUCAUCCAUUAACUGGAUUAUUUUUCAAAAGUUUCAAUUCUUAUGAUUUGAUAAUUUUUCUUUUUUUUCCCAAUAAUCACAGGAUGAAAGAUUUUGUAUUUUGGGUGAGUGUUAGACAUAUUGUUAUAUAGGAUAAUUAAUGAAACUUGGAAGUCUGUAAUUUGUAAGACAUGCAAUCUUUUUAUAUACUUUUAAAAAUGCAAAAUAAAUACUUAAAGGUGAUACCAUGUUUAACAUUAAAAAUACUUAAGAGGAUUGUAAUUCUUUGUACACUAUAACUUAAUAUAACCAUUGAAAUUUCCUUCUGAAUCAAUAAAGUCUUCUAUUAUGUAACAACGUUCUCUAAUUACACAGUAAGACAUCUUGACGCAUCUUCCAAAUUCCUGCAUUUUAAUGAAUUUUGAAUAAUAGCAUAUU